GUUUCCACCAUAUUCUCAUUGGACACUGUGAUGGGCCCUUCCCAGCUCAGCCUCAAGAUGCUGGUAUAGCAGUGAGCAGCUGCGAUCCAGAGGAGCUGCGGUGGGACAUCGUUUCCUGCUGGGACAGCCUUCGCCCCCUCUGUCUUGGCCAAAGCGAUGGAUGCCCACGUGGACCUCCUGACAGAGCUGCAGCUGCUGGACAAGGUGCCCACGCUGGAGAGGCUGCGGGCAGCCCAGAAGCGGAGGGCCCAGCAGCUGAAGAAAUGGGCGCAGUACGAGAAGGAGAUGCAGCACAAGAAGCGGAAGCACGAGAAGAAGAGAAAUACCAUUAACCGAAAGAAAGUGUCUUUUGAAGCCAGUGUUGCUCUGCUGGAGGCUUCGCUGAGGAACGACUUGGAGGAAGUGUGUUACUUGCUGAAGAGCAACAUCAGCCCAGACCUUUGCAAUGAAGAUGGAUUAACUGCACUGCAUCAGUGCUGCAUAGACAACUAUGAAGAGAUAGUCAAGCUUCUCCUCAACCACGGGGCCAAUGUCAACGCGAAGGACAACGAGCUGUGGACUCCAUUGCAUGCAGCAGCUACAUGUGGUCAUAUCAACCUGGUGAAGAUCCUCAUCCAGCAUGGGGCAGACUUGUUGGCAGUAAAUGCAGAUGGCAACAUGCCCUAUGACCUCUGUGAAGAUGAGCCGACCCUGGAUGUCAUUGAGACUUGCAUGGCCUAUCAAGGAAUUACACAGGAAAGGAUCAAUGAGAUGCGGGCUGCUCCGGAACAGGUCAUGAUCUGUGACAUUCAUGACAUACUUGCAACUGGACAAGACCUGAACAGGACUGAUGCCCAAGGUGCUACGCUGCUGCAUAUAGCUGCAGCCAAUGGUUACCUGCAUGCAGCUGAAGUCCUUCUUGACCAGGGGGCAAGCCUCGAUAUUAAGGACUGGGACGGCUGGGAACCUCUUCAUGCUGCUGCUUUCUGGGGACAGAUGCAGAUGGCUGAGUUGCUUGUGUCCCAUGGGGCUAGUUUGAGUGCCAGGACAUCUUUGGAUGAGAUGCCUAUAGAUCUGUGUGAAGAGGAAGAAUUCAAAGUAUUGCUUCUGGAGUUGAAACACAAACAUGAUGUGAUCAUGAAGUCCCAAAUGAGGCAUAAAUCCUCCCUGAGUCGAAGGACCUCCAGCACUGGCAGCCGUGGGAAGGUGGUGAGGAGGGCCAGCCUCUCGGACCGAACAAACCUCUACAGGAAGGAGUGCGAGAAAGAGGCCAUUGUCUGGCAGCAGCUGGGGGCGGCAGAAGAAGGAAGAAACUCGGGUCUCAUUGGAGAAAUUGGGGAGACUCGGCCUGACCAGGAGAAUACAGACCCCAAUUCAGUGCUGGAGAACCCUUCCCUCCUUCCGGAGCUAGCAAACAAGAGCACCCAGUGUGACUCUGAAAUCCCCCUCCAGAAUGGACUCAUGGCAUCUGCCAGCACUUACCAGUACACCUUUUCCAAUGGGGACAUUUGGAGCAUGCACGCUGACCCUGAGAGUAACCCAGGCCCCAUGCUGCCCUAUGGCAACGCCGGGCUCCCCGACACGCAGCAGUUCUGGGGUGCCUACAAGGAGCAUAACCACCAAACGCUCUCCGAACUGAAGCGGCAGCGGGCUGCAGCCAAACUCCUCAACCACCCUUUCCUCAGCACCCACUUCGGCAGCGGCUUGGGAGGAGUUGCCGAGAAUGGGGGGGAGGCCAAGUCACACCUAAUCGGAUCCAGGACUUCUCCCUACAGCUCCAAUGGGACCUCAGUGUAUUACACAGUGUCCAGUGGUGAUCCACCCCUCUUGAAAUUCAAAGCUCCCAUGGAGGAGAUGGAAGAGAAGGUGCAUGGGUGCUGCAGAAUCUCCUAGUCUCAUCUGUUUCUCGCCCCAGAGGAAACGAGACGUGGGUAGGCUGGUUGGAUCCAUCGCAGCAGCCAGGUUGUUUGCAUUCCAAAGGCAGAAUUUGGUUAUGGACAUCUUGACUGCAGUGGCCUCGUUUGUCUUGAACUGUACUUUACCCUGCCAAUUACCUCCAUUGCAGCUGAAUGAGUAAUGCAGGUGGAACAAGGCUCUUAGGAGAGGAAGGGAUGCGCAUCAGUAUGAUGGGAAGAGUCGCCCUGGUCUUGCUCCGUGGGGAAGAAGGUAUGAUGCACUGCCUCCCCAUCCUCGGGAUGUCAUGAGAUGCCUUGGAAUGAAGAAAGGAUCUGAAUUAAAAUCUUUGCAUCUGAGCCUCUUGUACCAAGCUGGAAGGUGGCAGUUCAGACCUGAAUUUUCACUCCUGGGUGAUACGUAUGUCCUGGAGGGGAGAUCAACCUCCCCACGGGGUUUGCAAGAGUGGACAGAGCUGUUUUCCAUACAGCUGGGUCCAGCACUUACUGGGCCUGAGCAACAGGCAAGCGUGGAUGCUGUGCUUGCUGUAGGAAGUUUGCAAGGUGUUGUCUCCUUGCAGUGACAGCUCGCUGUCAAAACCGUGCACUGGCUGGGUCCUGCUCUGCUCAUGUACACUCAUUGCUGCAGACUGCCAUCAGGUUUUAAGCAGAACUUUUCCUGGAACAGGCUUCACUCAAUAGGCUUUAAACCCGAUGUUGCAACAGGGGCCCCUGGCAAUAGAAUUUUACUGCAAUAAAAUACUGACAAAGGUC